AUGAUGGUCAAUGCUAAUUUGAUGUUGAUGGUGGUCUUGCUGUGGGUCGGGGCAUUAUCAGUGGCCAGUCCUAAACUUCACCGCAACAAGUGGGGAAUAGAUUGUGAUAAAUAUAUUCUGCCAAUAAAUGCAAUAUGGACACCCAGGGCCAGCUGCGAAGAUAAUAAACGAUUCAGAUGCCAAAUCGGCUAUGUAUCACAAAUCCAGACUAUAUGUAAAAAGGGUGAGUGGUCUAUGGAACCAACUUGUCAAGCUGUAGAGUGUCCACAAGGUAUGAAUAUCACUAACUCUGAUAAAGUAACCGAAUCUGGUAUUUACGGUGGAGAAUUUAGUUUUAACUGUUCAGUUGGCUACACUAAGAAUGGUGGGACGGGUACUCUGAGGUGUGGUGAAGAUGGCACGUGGACAGAACGGAAAGCUUGUCAAGCUGUAGAUUGUCCACAAGGUAUGAAUAUAACUAACUCUGACGAUGUAACAGAACCCGCAAUAGUUGAUGAAGACUUUAGUUUUAACUGUUCAGUUGGCUACACUAAGAAUGGUGGGACGGGUACUCUGAGGUGUGGUGAAGAUGGCACGUGGACAGAACGGAAAGCUUGUCAAGCUGUAGAGUGUCCACAAGGUAUGAAUAUCACUAACUCUGCUGAAGUAACAGAAUCUGGUAUUUUUGGUGAAGAAUUUAUUUUUAAUUGUUCAGUCGAGAAUGGUUUGACCGGUGCACGUGAACAGGGAAUUUUUGACAAUAACAGAUACGAUGUAAUUUCCACUUCAAAUUGUUCAGAAGCGUGUGCUAACGAUUCUCGAUGUGGCUUGUUUCUAUCAUUGUCAUUUUAUGAAUGCAAUCUCUUUCCAAAACCACUUAUCUACACAGAUUUUGUUACCAAAUCAACACUUUCCCAAUGUAUACAGAGAUGUAAAGAUGACACAAGAUGUUUGGUAUUAUCUUUCUUAAAAGACUCUUGUGGUUUAUUUAGUGAAAACUUCACCACGGUAUAUGACCAAUCAGGGAUUUACCAUGUAGCAGGGGGGGUCAUUUUUGAAAGAUCUGAUCUUUAUUAG